GUUAGUUGAUUUAGUACGAUAGUGAUGAAAUCAAUUGGUGCUGUUGUUUUGAUUGUCUUCCUCGCAGUGUCCAUUGCGGAUGGCGCAAAUAUUUUGUACAUUGCCGGAGUUGCCUCUAGAAGCCAUUUCAUAUGGAAUCGAUCCUUGAUUUACGGACUAGCUGAUAAAGGGCACAACGUAACAGCUUUAAGUUUAGAUGUGGAGAAAAAUGCUCCUGAAAAUGUCCACUUUAUUCACAUGGAAGGCGUAUACGAUAGUAUUCUGAACGAUUCCAGUUCGGCACAGUCGGAUUUCUUUGGAAUGGGUAAAAUUAGCCCUUUCGGAAUGCUUUUUGAGUUCGAUGAAUUUUGUAUCAGCUGCUGCCGUUAUAGUUUGAAAUCAAAUGGAUUCAAGACCCUUAUGGACUAUCCAUCUGAUUUCAAAUUCGAUCUCAUCAUAAACGAUUACUUGGGAGGACCGUGUAUAUCAGCUGCUGCACUGCAUAAAUUCAAUCGCCCACCUUUGGUGGCGGUUACUGCAUACAACGGGAUGACUACAACUACGCCGUUGGCUGGAUCAUUUGCGUACUCAGGAGUCAUUCCAAAUCAUGUUUUUGAUGCAACUGAAGACAUGUGUCUCAUUGAACGAGUGAAAAACUUUUUCUACGAUUACUAUGAAAUAGUGCUAAAAGAGCAUUAUACAUAUCCAACCAUGGACCAAUUGGUACGAAAAAUCAUUCCAGAUAUAGACUACGUUGCAGAGUUCAAUAAACUUGCCCGUAUAGUGAUGCUGAACGCAAAUGCUGCUAUUCAGUUUUCAGAACCGAGUAUGCCGAACGUGAUUGGCAUUGGUGGUCUCCAAAUUCGCGAACCAAAGCCUCUGCCCAAAGAUCUUCAAACCAUAUUGGAUAAUGCCAAAAAUGGGGUAGUUUUAUUUUCGUUGGGUUCGAAUGUCCGUAGUGAUACUCUAGGAAGCGAAAGAAUCCUCGCCAUUCUCGAGGCAAUGAGGGCAUUUCCAGACAUCUGUUUCCUAUGGAAGUUUGAAUCGGAUACGUUUCCAACUGAAGUACCCAAGAACGUGUUUAUAAGACCGUGGAUGCCACAGAAUGACCUACUGGCGCAUCCCAAUUUGAAGCUGUUCAUUACGCAUAGUGGUCUACUGAGUACUCAGGAGGCAAUUUGGUAUGGAGUGCCUUUGAUUGGAUUCCCAGUAUUUGCCGAUCAAUAUAGGAACAUCAACUACUGCACGAAAGUAGGAAUCGCGAAGCGUCUUUCUAUUGACAAAGUCAAUUCAGAGGAGUUGAAACAAGCUAUCCAGGAAAUGAUAUCUGAUCCUAAGUACAUCCAAAACAUGAAAAAAUUAUCUAAAGUUUUCCGUGAUCAACCUGAAAAACCUCUGGAGCGUGCCAUUUGGUGGGUCGAAUGGGUUUUGAGAAAUCCCGAUGUCAAUUAUCAUCAAUCAUCUGCAAUUGAUAAAAGCUGGGCUACAAAAUAUGCAUUCGACGUGCUGUUGGCAAUCUUUAUCACGAUUGCAAUAUCGAUCCACGUUAUCAUUUACUCAGUCAAUUAUUUUGUGUUCAAGAAACAAUCAACCUCUACGAAACAAAAAUCAAAAGGAGAAUAAAAAU